AUGGGUGACGAAGCAAGCCACGAUAACCACCUGGCACCCGCCGCGGACCAUGAUGUGCCUGCUGGCGUCGGAGCAAAUGAACUCAGAGAGCCCCCACGAGGACGCUUGACGCCUCGUCCAUCUUUUCUGGAGAACCUCGCCAGUUCCAGAGAAAAACAGUUUAUGUUGGGAAGACGCAACUCUAGCGAAAUCGAUCGAUAUUUUCACGGACCGCGAGAUCUUGAUCGACACUCCAAAUGGCCCAUCUUCCUUCGAAUGCAUGGCAGUAUCAUGCCGAAAAUGAUUCUGCCACUUACCUUUGUCGCAGCUUGGGCCACCGUCAUUACCUGCAUCUCCAAGUUUGUCCACAACAUCGGCAUCAACGAUAUUCUUUUGACAGUUACCGGUUUCGUGGUCAGUUUGGCGCUGUCCUUCCGCAGUUCGACAGCAUAUGAGAGAUGGGCGGAUGGAAGAAAGUACUGGGCACUCCUCAAUCAGACGUCUCGCAACCUCGCACGUACCAUCUGGGUCAACACGGCAGAACGUGCAGGAGAGGAGGGCAAGGAGGAUUUGCUGGCCAAACUGACGGCCAUGAAUCUCAUUCUGGCAUUUGCCGUUUCCCUCAAACAUAAACUGCGAUUCGAACCCGUCGGUGAAUACCUGGGUGUUUCCUUUGCCGAGUCCAACCCGAGAAAGCUUGUCAAGCGGUCCAAGAAGCCCUUGGGCCAUCUUCCUCUUGAGAUCUUGAACCAUCUCUCCGCAUACGUCGACCGGUGCAUCGCCAACAAUACUCUCAACGUCAGUCUCCACCAAGGACAAGCCAUCACCGCUCUGUCUACCCUGAACGAAGUCCUCACCGGCACCGAACGCGUCCUGGAUACUCCUCUUCCCGCCGCAUACAGCAUCUCCAUCGCCCAGAUUGCCUGGAUCUACGUCCUCGUGCUGCCCUUCCAGCUGUACGACUUUCUUGAAUGGGUGACCAUUCCGGCUUCCGUCGUUGCCGCCUACAUCAUUCUUGGACUCGCCUUCAUCGGCAGCGAAAUUGAGAACCCCUUCGGCCAAGAUGUCAACGAUCUCCCUCUUGAUACUUACUGCCGCCAGCUCGCCGUCGAGCUUGAUAUCAUCACCGCCAUGCCCCCGCCCAAACUGGACGAGUUCGGCACGCGCGAGGACAACUUCGUCCUCUUCCCUCUCAGCACAUCCGGAUACCCUGAAUGGAAGGACCGCUCGGUCGAAGAGAUUCGCGCCGCUCUGAGGGCGAAGGUGGUGGCCAAUUACCCGUCCGCAGCGAUGUCGGAUGCGGCAACGAUGAUAGGAAGUGUGCGAAGCAAGCAGUCUGUUUAG